ACCACACUUUGUAUUCUUCAAAUAACAUUGUUAGUAAACGCUUUGGAGCGGCUUGUUUUAUACAUUAAAGAAAUACUUUAAAUUAACCAAAUAAAUCAAGAUGGGCGAUCGUUACAAUAUCCACAGUCAAUUGGAACAUUUACAGAGCAAAUACAUUGGUACCGGCCAUGCAGACACAUCAAAAUACGAAUGGCUAACAAAUCAACACCGCGACUCAUUGGCCAGUUAUAUGGGCCAUUACGAUAUGUUGAAUUACUUUGGCAUCGCUUUGAAUGAAACCAAGGGAAGAGUAAGAUUUGAUUUAAUGGAGCGCAUGUUACAGCCAUGUGGACCACCACCAGAGAAAAUGGAUGAAUAAAAAUUUAAUAAUUGAAUAGAAUGUGAA